AGAUCUUUGGUUGCUUUGGUGGACUGUGCUCCUCUGCUUUUAUUGCUAAGCCAUCCUUCAGGCAGAGAGGGAGCGGCUGCAGGAGGUAAUGAGAGAUGGCAAGAAAGAAGCUGAAAAAAUUUACCACUUUGGAGAUUGUGCUCAGUGUUCUUCUGCUCGUGUUGUUUAUCAUCAGUAUUGUUCUAAUUGUGCUUUUAGCCAAGGAGUCAUUGAAAUCAACAGCCCCAGAUCCCGGGACAACUGGUACCCCAGAUCCUGGAACAACCACUUCCACGCAGUCUAGGACAACUGGUCCCCCAGAUGCUGGAACAACUGGUUCCACGUAUCCUACGACAACGGGUCCCCUAGAUCCUGGAACAACUAGUACCACUCCUGUUUCUGCUGAAUGUCCCGUGGUAAAUGAAUUGGAACGAAUUAAUUGCAUCCCUGACCAGCCACCAACAAAGGCCACAUGUGACCAACGUGGCUGUUGCUGGAAUCCCCAGGGAGCCGUAAGUGUUCCCUGGUGCUACUAUUCCAAGAAUCAUAGCUACCACAUGGAGGGCGACCUUGUAAACACAAAUGCAGGAUUCACAGCCCGGUUGAAAAAUCUGCCUUCUUCACCCGUGUUCGGAAGCAAUGUUGACAAUGUUCUUCUCACAGCAGAAUAUCAGACGUCUAAUCGUUUCCACUUUAAGUUGACUGACCAAACCAAUAAAAGGUUUGAAGUACCCCACGAACAUGUGCAGUCCUUCAGUGGAAAUGCUGCUGCUUCUUUGACCUACCGAGUUGAAAUCUCCAGAGAGCCAUUUAGCAUCAAAGUGACCAGAAGAAGCAACAAUCGUGUUUUGUUUGACUCAAGCAUUGGGCCCCUCCUGUUUGCCGACCAGUUCUUGCAGCUCUCCACCCGACUGCCUAGUGCUAAUGUGUAUGGCCUGGGAGAGCAUGUGCACCAGCAGUACCGGCAUGAUAUGAAUUGGAAGACCUGGCCCAUAUUUAACAGGGACACAACUCCCAAUGGAAACGGAACUAAUUUGUAUGGUGCGCAGACAUUCUUCCUGUGUCUUGAAGAUGCUAGUGGAUUGUCCUUUGGGGUGUUUCUGAUGAACAGCAAUGCCAUGGAGGUUGUCCUUCAGCCCGCGCCAGCCAUCACUUACCGCACCACUGGGGGCAUUCUCGACUUCUAUGUGUUCUUGGGAAACACUCCAGAGCAAGUUGUUCAGGAAUAUCUAGAGCUUAUUGGGCGGCCAGCCCUUCCCUCCUACUGGGCACUUGGAUUUCACCUCAGUCGUUAUGAAUAUGGAACCUUAGACAACAUGAGAGAAGUCGUGGAGAGAAAUCGCGCAGUACAGCUCCCUUAUGAUGUUCAACAUGCUGAUAUUGAUUAUAUGGAUGAGAGAAGGGACUUCACUUAUGAUCCAGUGAAUUUUAAAGGCUUCCCUGAAUUUGUCAAUGACUUACACAAAAAUGGACAGAAGCUUGUCAUCAUUGUGGAUCCAGCCAUCUCCAACAACUCUUCCUCAAGUAAACCCUAUGGCCCAUAUGACAGGGGUUCAGAUAUGAAGAUAUGGGUGAAUAGUUCAGAUGGAGUGACUCCACUCAUUGGGGAGGUCUGGCCUGGACAAACUGUGUUUCCUGAUUAUACCAAUCCCAACUGUGCUGUUUGGUGGACAAAGGAAUUUGAACUUUUUCAUAAUCAAGUGGAGUUUGAUGGAAUCUGGAUUGAUAUGAAUGAAGUCUCCAACUUUGUUGAUGGUUCGGUCUCAGGAUGUUCCACAAACAACCUAAAUAAUCCCCCAUUCACUCCCAGAGUCCUGGAUGGGUACCUGUUCUGCAAGACUCUCUGUAUGGAUGCAGUGCAGCACUGGGGCAAGCAGUAUGACGUUCACAAUCUGUACGGCUACUCCAUGGCGGUUGCCACAGCAGAAGCUGUCAAGACUGUGUUCCCUAAUAACAGAAGCUUCAUUCUGACCCGUUCUACCUUUGCGGGUUCUGGCAAGUUUGCAGCACAUUGGUUAGGAGACAACACCGCCACCUGGGAUGACCUGCGAUGGUCCAUCCCUGGCGUCCUUGAGUUCAACCUUUUCGGCAUCCCAAUGGUGGGUGCUGACAUAUGUGGCUUUGCCUUGGAUGCCCCUGAGGAGCUCUGUAGGCGGUGGAUGCAGUUGGGUGCAUUUUAUCCAUUUUCUAGAAAUCACAAUGGCCAAGGCUUCAAGGACCAGGAUCCUGCCUCCUUUGGAGCUGACUCCCUGCUGUUGAAUUCCUCCAGGCACUACCUUAACAUCCGCUAUACUCUAUUGCCCUACCUAUACACCCUCUUCUUCCGUGCUCACAGCCGAGGGGACACGGUGGCCAGGCCCCUUUUGCAUGAGUUCUAUGAGGACAACAGCACUUGGGAUGUGCACCAACAGUUCUUAUGGGGGCCCGGCCUCCUCAUCACUCCAGUUCUGGAUGAAGGUGCAGAGAAAGUGAUGGCAUAUGUGCCUGAUGCUGUCUGGUAUGACUACGAGACUGGGAACCAAGUGAGAUGGAGGAAGCAAAAAGUCGAAAUGGAACUUCCUGGAGACAAAAUUGGACUUCACCUUCGAGGAGGCUACAUCUUUCCCACACAGCAGCCAAAUACAACCACUGUGGCCAGUCGAAAGAACCCUCUUGGUCUUAUCAUUGCCCUAGAUGAGAACAAAGAAGCAAAAGGAGAACUUUUCUGGGAUGAUGGGGAAACGAAGGAUACUGUGGCCAAUAAAGUGUAUCUUUUAUGUGAGUUUUCUGUCACUCAAAACCGCUUGGAGGUGAAUAUUUCACAAUCAACCUACAAGGACCCCAAUAAUUUAGCAUUUAAUGAGAUUAAAAUUCUUGGGACAGAAGAACCUAGUAAUGUUACAGUGAAACACAGUGGUGUCCCAAGUCAGACUUCUCCUACAGUCACUUAUGAUUCUAACCUGAAGGUUGCCAUUAUCACAGACAUCAAUCUUCUCCUGGGAGAAGUGUACACAGUGGAGUGGGAUAUAAAGAUAAGGGAUGAUGGAAAAAUAGACUGUUACCCUGAUGAGAAUGGCGCUUCUGGAGAAAACUGUGCUGCCCGUGGCUGUAUCUGGGAGGCAUCCAAUUCUUCUGGGGUCCCUGUUUGCUAUUUUGUCAACGAUCUAUACUCUGUCAGUAAUGUUCAAUAUAAUUCACAUGGGGCCACAGCUGACAUCUCCUUAAAGUCUUCUGUGUAUGCCAAUGCCUUCCCCUCCACACCCGUGAACCCCCUUCGCCUGGAUGUCACUUACCAUAAGAAUGAAAUGCUGCAGUUCAAGAUUUAUGAUCCCAACAACAAUCGGUAUGAAGUUCCAGUUCCUCUGAACGUACCCACAGUGCCAUCCAGCACCCCUGAGGGUCAACUCUAUGAUGUCCUCAUUAAGAAGAAUCCAUUUGGGAUUGAAAUUCGCCGCAGGAGUACAGGCACUAUAAUUUGGGACUCUCAGCUCCUUGGUUUCACCUUCAAUGACAUGUUUAUUCGCAUCUCCACCCGCCUUGCCUCCAAGUACCUCUAUGGCUUUGGGGAAACUGAGCACACAUCCUAUAGGAGAGACUUGGAGUGGCACACUUGGGGGAUGUUCUCCCGAGACCAGCCCCCAGGGUACAAGAAGAAUUCCUAUGGUGUCCACCCCUACUACAUGGGGCUGGAGGAGGAUGGCAGUGCCCACGGAGUGUUCCUGCUGAACAGCAAUGCCAUGGACGUGACGUUCCAGCCCCUGCCUGCCUUGACAUACCGUACCACAGGGGGAGUUCUGGACUUUUAUGUGUUCUUGGGGCCAACUCCAGAGCUUGUCACCCAGCAGUACACUGAGUUGAUUGGCCGGCCUGUGAUGGUACCUUACUGGUCUUUGGGUUUCCAGCUGUGUCGCUAUGGAUACCAGAACGACUCUGAGAUCGCCAGCUUGUAUGAUGAGAUGAUGGCCGCCCAGAUCCCUUAUGACGUGCAGUACUCAGACAUCGACUACAUGGAGCGGCAGCUGGACUUCACCCUCAGCCCCAAGUUUGCUGGGUUUCCAGUCUGGCCCGAUUUUCCUGGUGUUGUUGUGAAUGAAUCUCUAGACUGGGACAGUCAAGUGGAGCUAUAUCGAGCUUAUGUAGCCUUCCCAGACUUUUUCCGUAAUUCAACUGCCAAGUGGUGGAAGAGGGAAAUAGAAGAAGUGUACAACAAUCCACAGAAUCCAGAGAGGAGCUUGAAGUUUGAUGGCCUGUGGAUUGAUAUGAAUGAACCAUCAAGCUUCGUGAAUGGGGCAGUUUCUCCAGGCUGCAGGGACGCCUCUCUGAACCGCCCUCCCUACAUGCCAUAUUUGGAGUCCAGGGACAGGGGCCUGAGCAGCAAGACCCUGUGCAUGGAGAGUCAGCAGAUCCUCCCAGACGGCUCCCCAGUGCAGCACUACAACGUGCACAACCUGUACGGGUGGUCCCAGACCAGAGCCACAUACGAAGCCAUGCAGGAGGUGACGGGACAGCGAGGGGUCGUCAUCAGCCGCUCCACAUUUCCCUCUUCUGGCCGCUGGGCAGGUCAUUGGCUGGGAGACAACACGGCCGCGUGGGAUCAGCUGAAGAAAUCUAUCAUUGGCAUGAUGGAGUUCAGCCUCUUCGGCAUAUCCUAUACAGGAGCAGAUAUCUGUGGGUACUUUCAAGAUGCUGAAUAUGAGAUGUGUGUUCGCUGGAUGCAGCUAGGGGCCUUUUACCCCUUCUCAAGAAACCACAACACCAUUGGGACCAGGAGACAAGACCCUGUGUCCUGGGAUGCUGCUUUUGUGAAUAUUUCCAGAAAUGUCCUGCAGACCAGAUACACCCUGUUGCCAUAUCUGUAUACCUUGAUGUAUAAGGCCCACACGGAGGGCGUCACUGUUGUGCGGCCUCUGCUUCAUGAGUUUGUGUCAGACCAGGUGACGUGGGACAUAGACAGUCAGUUCCUGCUGGGCCCAGCCUUCCUGGUCAGCCCUGUCCUGGAGCGCAAUGCCAGAAAUGUCACUGCAUAUUUCCCUAGAGCCCGCUGGUACGAUUACUACACGGGUGUGGAUAUUGAUGCAAGAGGAGAGUGGAAGACCUUGCCAGCCCCUCUUGACCACAUUAAUCUUCAUGUCCGUGGGGGCUACAUCCUGCCCUGGCAAGAGCCUGCACUGAACACCCACUUAAGUCGAAAGAACCCUCUUGGUCUUAUCAUUGCCCUAGAUGAGAACAAAGAAGCAAAAGGAGAACUUUUCUGGGAUGAUGGGCAAACGAAGGGUGAGCGCUGUUACGAUCAUGUUGCUGUUUCGAAACCCGCACCUAACCGCUUGGAGGUGAAUAUUUCACAAUCAACCUACAAGGACCGCAAUAAUUUAGCCUUUAAUGAGAUUAAAAUUCUUGGGACAGAGGAACCUAGCAAUGUUACAGUGAAACACAAUGGUGUCCCAAGUCAGACUUCUCCUACAGUCACUUAUGAUUCUAACCUGAAGGUUGCCAUUAUCACAGACAUCAGUCUUCUCCUGGGAGAAGCGUACACAGUGGAGUGGGAUAUAAAGAAGAGGGAUUUUGAAAAAAUAGACUGUUACCCUGAUGAGAAUGGCGCUUCUGCAGAAAACUGCACUGCCCGUGGCUGUAUCUGGGAGGAUCCAGCUAUUUCUGGCAAUGAGACACAGCCCUAUCCUGCCUUCACUCGGGGCUUGGAGGAUGACAUCUUCAUCAAAUACCCAAAUGAUGGAGACAUUGUCUGGGGAAAGGUCUGGCCCGAUUUUCCUGGUGUUGUUGUGAAUGAAUCUCUAGACUGGGACAGCCAAGUGGAGUUGAUUGGCCGGCCUGUGAUGGUACCUUACUGGUCUUUGGGUUUCCAGCUGUGUCGCUAUGGAUACCAGAACGACUCUGAGAUCGCCAGCUUGUAUGAUGAGAUGGUGGCCGCCCAGAUCCCUUAUCUAUAUCGAGCUUACGUGGCCUUCCCAGACUUUUUCCGUAAUUCAACUGCCAAGUGGUGGAAGAGGGAAAUAGAAGAACUAUAUAACAAUCCACAGAAUCCAGAGAGGAGCUUGAAGUUUGAUGGCCUGUGGAUUGAUAUGAAUGAACCAACAAGCUUCGUGAAUGGAGCAGUUUCUCCAGGCUGCAGGGACGCCUCUCUGAACCGCCCUCCCUACAUGCCACAUUUGGAGUCCAGGGACAGGGGUCUGAGCAGCAAGACCCUGUGCAUGGAGAGUCAGCAGAUCCUCCCAGACGGCUCCCCGGUGCAGCACUACAACGUGCACAACCUGUACGGGUGGUCCCAGACCAGACCCACAUAUGA